UGAAGACUGCCGCCUGAUCCCCCCCGUCCUCUGCAUGUGUGCGGGAUUGCAUCGAGGUCGCCGAGAGUGCAGCUGCUUUAAAAGGAAAUACGAAAGCCCUGAAGGAUGGAGUGCCUUGUGUGGCUUAGUUGCAAAGGGUGUCCAGCAUGGGUGGACGGCACGGGAGGCUCGGAUGUCCCGGGAGCCGAUUCAAUGAAGGGUUGAGUCGAGUGAGGAUGCGCAGGGGAGAGAAACCCAGCCGCCAGAACCACUCGAAGAUGUGGUCGUCCCGUUCGCGGACUCGAACGCGUGGCCUCACAACAUGGGGCGCCUCUUGCUAUCUGCGGUAUCACACAUAUGGCGUAGCUACACGGUCACCUCCCAUUUGCACCGAUUGCGCACCUCGCAGUGACCGACUCUUGGAGACCCGCGAAUAAACCUGGGAGAUCGAUGAGUCGGAUGCUACUGCACGUUUGGGACUUUCUCCUCGCCGGCGGAGAAUAGUACCAACCCAUAACGCCAGAUCUUUUCGAGUACAGCGGAUGCGUGCAAACCGCCGGAGAAUCCCACAGAGUCCCUGUUCUGAUGAGAACAGUUGCCCAGCCCUCGACAAGAUUCAGUUCCCCGCCGCCGGCGUGUCUCUGAAGAACCCCUCUCGGCCUGGACAUCCUCGAGUUCGGGAUCGACGCGAGAGAUGCACCGCCAUGCCGUUCACCGCGCGCUGGCUCAUGGAGAUGUCUUUAGGUAUUAGGAUAUUAGUGCCCACCCGCAAUCGCCUGUGCGGUGAGAUAAAGCGCAGUCAAUGACAAGCUGCAGGCCGUGUCGACCUUCAGUGAAGGGCCCGUCUGUAACGCGGCAGGUGGAAUUUCCCACUAGAGAACGUAGCGGAAUCCGGAAUUAAGGAGAAACGUAGAAUUAGGAGAAUAUAGAAAUUAUGGCGUAGUCUCUAGGCUCGAGGAACUCGAACGUAGAGUCUAGCCGAGAGGCGACCACCAAGUGGAAGGCUCCGAUUAAUACACAAUCCUAAUCCUGAC